UUGGCUGCACCGUCUGGGCCCGAGCCCCUGGCGGGGUAAUUAAGGAGGGAUUAAUGAGAUUUCCAAAGUCAACAGAAAAAUCGAUGGGCCACGGAGCCCGAGCGGCGGCUGCGCAGUCCCGCGGGGGGCGGGGGCGGGGAGGGCGUCAGGGGCAUCGGUCGGGGCGCGGGAGCCUCACCUGGAGGGACGAUCGGCGCUGCGCCAGCAGUCUGUGGUCAGCCGGCCGCGAUGCCUGCCCAGGCCUCAGCUUCUGCUGAGGCUCCACCCAUGCCUUCUCCAGAAGUACAGAAGGCUGAAGCAGCCCCAGACAAGGAAAGCCAAGUGGACAAGGGGACCGAGGAGACAGGGGCUGCUGCCCCGCCGCAGCAGAAGUCCUGGCUGGUGCGGCAUUUCUCGCUGCUUCUGCGGCGGGACCGGCAGGCCCAGAAGGCCGGGCAGCUCUUCUCAGGGCUCCUGGCCCUCAACGUGGUGUUCCUGGGUGGGGCCUUCAUCUGCAGCAUGAUCUUCAACAAGGUGGCCAUCACGCUGGGUGACGUGUGGAUCCUGCUGGCUGUGCUGAAGGUCCUCUCCCUCCUCUGGCUCCUCUACUACGCGGCCGGCACCACCCGCCGGCCACACGCGGUGCUCUAUCGGGACCCUCACGCGGGGCCCAUCUGGGUGCGGGGCUCCCUGGUGCUCUUCGGCAGCUGCACCGUCUGCCUCAACGCCUUCCGCGUGGGCUACGACAUCAGCCACAUCGACUGCAAGUCACAGCUCGAGCUUGUCUUCCCUGUCAUCGAAAUGGUCUUCAUCAGCAUCCAGACCUGGGUGCUCUGGAAACACUGUAAGGACUGUGUUCAGGUCCAGACCAACUUCACUAGGUGUGGCCUGAUGCUAACCCUGGCCACAAACCUGCUGCUGUGGGUUCUGGCCGUCAUCAACGACUCCAUGCACCGAGAGAUCGAGGCUGAGCUCAGCGACCUCAUGGAAAAGUUCUCAGGCCAGGGGAACAACACCUGUCUGUGCCUCAACGCUACCGUGUGUGGGGUCUUCCGGAAGGGCUACCUGAUGCUGUACCCCUUCAGCACCGAGUACUGCCUCAUCUGCUGCACUGUGCUGUUCGUCAUGUGGAAGAACGUGGGCCGCCGCCUGGCACACCACACGGGUGCCCACCCCAGCACCCCGUCCUUCCACCUGCACGGGGUCAUCCUGGGGCCGCUGCUGGGCCUGCUGACGCUGGUGGCAGGCGUGUGCGUCUUCGUGCUCUUCCAGAUCGAGGCGAGUGGCCCUGCCAUUGCUCCCCAGUACUUCAACCUCUACUAUGCCUUCUGUGUGGCCGUGCUGCCCGCCAUGAGCCUGGCGUGCCUGGCGGGCACGGCCAUCCACGGGCUGGAGGAGCGUGAGCUGGACACGCUCAAGAACCCCACCCGCAGCCUGGACGUGGUGCUGCUCAUGGGGGCCGCGCUGGGCCAGAUGGGCAUCGGCUACUUCUCCAUCGUGGCCAUCGUGGCCACCCGCCCGCACGAGCUGCUCAACCGCCUAAUCCUGGCCUACUCGCUGCUGCUCAUCCUGCAGCACAUCGCCCAGAACCUCUUCAUCAUCGAGGGCCUGCACCGGCGCCCGCUCUGGGAGGCAGCUCCUCAGAGCUCGUCCAGGAAGCAAGAGGCCGAGCCUGCCCGUAGGGGCUCCCUGCUGGAGCUGGGCCAGGGCCUACGGCGGGCCUCGCGGGCCUACAUCCACUCCUACAGCCACCUCAACUGGAAGCGACGGGCGCUUAAGGAGAUCUCACUCUUCCUCAUCCUCUGCAACAUCACACUGUGGAUGAUGCCUGCGUUUGGCAUACACCCGGAGUUCGAGAAUGGGCUGGAAAAGGAUUUCUAUGGCUACCAGACGUGGUUCGCCAUCGUCAACUUUGGCCUGCCUCUGGGAGUCUUCUACCGCAUGCACUCUGUGGGGGGCCUGGUGGAGGUCUACUUGGGGGCCUGAAGCUGUCCAAGAAACCUUUCCCCAGCAGAAGCCUGAAGUACCACGGCCAGGGAGAAGGGGGCCCAGAGUUUCAGAGCAGAUGCCUCAUUCUCAGGGGUGCAGAGCCCAGUCUGCGGUUUCCAAAGCCUCCCCCUCCCAGAGCCUCGCUGAAGGGGAGGGCACUGCCAGUAGCCCAAGACCAAGGGCAGGGACCUAGCCACGGAGCUUGUGAUGUCUAUGCCCAGGCCUGGGCUCAUGCCCGCCCCCUGCCUUCCCUCCACAAUCAGCGAGCCAAGGGUGCGCCCAGAAGGACGGCAGGGGCCCCUCACAGCUGCUCUCUGGGAGGGUCAGACCCGAAUGAUGGAGUCUGGGAGUUUGGAGGCCGCAGGGCUCAGCCUCCUGCUGCGGGAAGGGCACGUGGUCUGAGCGUGGCCCAGGACACCCUCGGAGCUCAGAGCUCGGAGACCAGAGCUGGCAAGCAGCCCUGCCCCUUUCCCCUCACACCCUGUCUCCUAAUGAGCUCAUUAAUUAGCUGCCAGGCAGAGUUCAACAGCUCUCCUGCUGCAUAAACCCUGUUUGUUUGAUCGAUGG